UGCGAUUUUAGUGGCACUCGAGCCAGCUGAGCAAACGGACGUGCGAUAGAGAGAGAUCGGUCGAACGAUAAUAAUCAUCAGUCAUCAUUCAGUUAACAGCCACGAACAUCGGAAGUGCAGGCGGGAGCAUCAGCAGUCGGCGGAACUAAUUAAACUCGCUAAAUAAAAAAAGAGCAUAAAAACGAUUUGUCUAUUAACGGCGCAUCUUUUGGCGCAAUUUUCCGUUCGACUUCAACGCGCUCGGGCGUGAUGUCGCUGGCAGCAACUGCAACAGCAACAGCAGCAACAGUUGCCAAAUAUUGUGUAUACGCACUGCAAGCCGGCCCAAAGUAAAUGAAAAGUCCGGCAAAAACAAAAUUCUCGUGGGGCAGCAUCUGUGUUAGACCCACCUGCCUGCAAUUAUUAAUAUUCAACUAAAGUGCGCGAGAUUACAUUAUAACGAGUGUGCAACAAGUAACAGCAGUAAAUCAUGUAUCUGGAGAGUGUGCAACUGUUCACGCUGGCAUUGGUAGCGCUGGCAGCCGCCUCGUGGGGCGACGCGAGUCAAAGUCAGUACCACAUUCAAACGGAUGAGGGACCUGAGAGAUACUUCCGCUUUCAGACCGACAACGGGCAGUUCCGCAAGGAGAAACGGCUGCAGGACGGCACAGUCAUCGGCACAGAAGCCUGGAUCGACGCUGCCGGUUUUUUGCGGCAGAAGGACUACAUCGCGGACAAACAGGGAUAUCGCAUACUGAAAUCCAAGACUAUUUUCGUGGGUCAAAACAGAGGCAUUGAGGAGGCAAUCAAGUCCACGAAAGCAGCGCCAGCUCAAUCUGGCGUUCUGGUCGAUGGGAAUGUGGGCGGCAACAGCGUAGCCGGCGGCUAUCGCAAACAUGGCUAUGGGUAUAGCAGCACAACCACAACUACCACGCCCCCGCCAGCAUUGUAUAGCUCACCAUACUUGGCCACUGCAAAUCUGGACUCUGGCGUGGGCAAACUCAACUAUCUGCCGCCCGAGCAGGCAGCCAAGAUAGAGCCGCAAACGCAGCUAGGAUUCGACCACUAUCCGGACGAGCUGCCAAGAGCGCGCGAUCAUCUCUUGGGCGGCAAUGUGCACAUUCAGCCUAACGCGGAGCCCAUCGAUGAGAUCAAUGCGAUCAACGUGUACGACGAGGAGGCGAAUCAUGGCUUUGCGCCGGGUCGCUUUGCAGCUGUGAUUGCUUCAACGACGCCGCGUCCUGCCGUGUCCUCGCCGGCUUUCUUUGCGCCAGAGCUGUCCAUGCUGCCGCCUCUGAGCGCUCACCGCAGGAGAGUGCGACCACGCCCAACAGCCGUUGACAUUGUGUCGACGACUCCUGCGCCCAUUGCGGCGCACGAUCAGUUUGCUUAUUCAACGCCCGCCCCCUUCGUUGUGCCGCCCUCCGUUGGCGAUGCUGGCUAUCAUUACGCGCCUACAGCCACGCCCCCGCGCAGCUCGUAUGGCUUAUACACAUCCAAUUUACCGCUGGAUGUGAAUGCAUUGGAUUCGCCUUUGCUGCCACCGUUGCCGGAUCGGGCGUACCGACGCCGACUGCGUCCGCUGCACAGCAACAAUCUGGAUGCCUCGGACUACGAUGGGGUCAGCGUGACUCGCAAUGGGUUCCGCUAUGUGCUGCCCAAGCAGUACCACGAGGAGGCCCAGGUGGAUGGCAAGCGGGCGGGCAGCUACGGCUAUGUGGAUCCGUUCGGCAUACGCCGUGUCGUCUACUACAAUGCAGCGCCCGGACGUGGCUUCGUGCACCGCAACAACAAUCAGUAUGUGGGUGCCAAUGGAGCGCCGUACGACGAUCCCGGCCCAGCGCAGCUGGUGAACGAGUGAAUAGCAAUUAAUCGAUAAUCCGAUAAUCCACGAACUGUCCCCUGUAUCCUCACUAAGCACCAAAACUAACCGAACAGCCUCAAGAUUGGGAAUGCGCUUCGUAUGAGGGGUGUUCACUAAAUGAAAGCAUUUUUAGAUACUGUAGGUAGUGAAUACCUAUCGCCUGCUAAUCUGUAUAUAACCACGCUCUAACCCUGCGCCCAGACACUCGAACCCCUUAACAAACAAAACGAAUAUCUGUGUUAAUUAAUUUAAUACUUAUAUAUUUAACUUAAUUUAUGAAUAAUCCAAUGUGCAAUUCGCGCCUAGGUUUAGUUAGACUAAAGCUUCAUUAGGGGCACUCGCUGUCGGUGCGGUAAGUGAAAAUAGUUUCAUGUAUUAAUCUUGCCAUAUUAACAACGCGUAAAUAAACACAAAACAAACUAAACACUACUACACCCACAGACACACCCACACACACACAAACACACACGUAUAUAAGCGCACCUAGAUUUAGAAUCAGUGAGUAAUUUCUUUGCUAAUAGUUGUUCAUUAUGCAAGUCUCAGAACCAAAAUUAUGCAAAUAUAUAUAUGUGCUUCUUAUUUGUUUUUGUAAUUCGAAUUUUUUUUUUAGAAAUAAUGAGCACCCGUUGCCUAGAAAUUAUAGCAAUAACAAACAUUUCAUGUAUAAUAUUUAGUUUUACAAAAAUGAAUAAAAUAUUUCAAAAUGCAAAAAAGGUUUGGUAACUCAAUCGUGCUUGGGAUGCCUCCUGCUGGGCCUUCGCGUCCUCCUGCUCCUCCUACAUAGGCUCUGCAGCACAUAUAUGAGCAACAUGGGAAUCAGUGCCAGAAAUGCGAUCACAUCCAAGGAAUGCGACUGGAAGUAGUUCAGCUCCUUGGCUGUCGAGUGCAAGUGGGCGGGGUCGGGAUGGCGUAGCAGAUACUCCACCCACCACACGGCCAGCUCCAAGGGUGGCACAGGAUUGUCGCGCAAGCGUCGAGAGCGCAGCUUCAUGGCCUGCGCGUAUUUCUUGUUCUCGGCAACCUCUCGAAUGGCUGAAACCAGCUGGACAGUGGUCAUAUUCAAGUAGUUGACCUGAACAGCGGCUCCGGCGGAAAUUGUUUGAAUGAGAUUCUACGGAAGAAUAUAUUGUUGCAGUCACUUUCCAAAUACCUUUCGAAAUGAACUUACCCGAUACUGAUCGAGGAACAAAGGAAUCCCGACAAUGGGCACACCGUGCCAGGUCGCUUCCUGGGUGCUUAGUCCACCACAGUGCGAGAUGAACAACACCAAAGAUUUAUGAGCUGGAAACUAUCAUGAUCAACAUCUCAGCUCACUUGCCAGAUCGAACUUACCCAAGACAUCAGUUUGGGGCAGAAAAUCCUUCACCAAUACAUUGUCUGGCAUCUGCACAUCCCUCAAAUACUCCUUGUCGAAUUUCCAUAAGAAAUUAUAGUCGGGCAAUUGCCUGAAGGCCUCCACAA